ACUGUUCCAUGGAAAUUGCAUAAACAAAAUAAACCUCGUUAUUUUUUUGUCUUAAAAAGCGCAAAAAUGUCGUUCAAUAUAAUGCAAAUGACAAUGCAGUGUCUGAAGGUGGACCAGCCACUGAUAACCACCAUCCGGAAUGCCAGCAAGAAGACCGGUGGAAGUACGAGGAAUAAGAAGGGACAUGCGAGGCCAAAACAUCGCGGAUGGCGCGUCCAGGACGGACACCACGUCUGAGGCACCAUCCUGGCCACACAGCUCACAACACGCUUUCACCCGGGCCUGAAUGUGGGCUUUGGUCGUAAUGGAACCCUAUUUGCCAUGGAGCACGGCAAGGUGUAUGUGACCUGCGAGCCAAUAGAUCCUAAUUGGGAUCACACCUGGAUUCAGAGGAACUAUGCCGGACGCCAGGAUCAGACCAUCUACAAGAAGUUCUUUAAUGUUGUGCAGAAGCAGCAUCAGCGCUUCCGUCUCGUAGACGAAAUCUAAUUUGUUAAAUAUUUAAAAAUACAAAAAGAAAAUAUAAAAGUAAA